CCACAAGCCUUCAUAACGACGCGACGCGCGCAACCCCCGCGAUCAAAUCUCACCGUGAAACUCAAAAAAACGCAUCAAAACCGACGUCCCAUGCGAAAACGUACCCAAAACACAUCUGUUUUGACGCCAAGUACGUUUUGGUACCACAUUCCGAGUGCUAAAGUGCUUUUUCGGGCCGCAAAUGGUAAAUAAAUACUUGGUGUGCCAUAGUGAGUUUGUGAAUGAAUUUAAGAUGGUGGACAGAGGCGGUUGUCAGUGGAGAAAAAUCGCUUAUCACUGGUUCAUCGAAAACUAAACUACAAAGUAAAGUGGAAGCAAUGACAAUUUCAGCAUAAAAGGAGGAACAGUUAUCUUGUAAUAAGCACAGCAAACCAAAUAUGUGUCCUAAUAAUAAUAAAACUCUAAAUAAAAACAUAAAUAAGUGAUUGGUGGAGAGAGUGAAACGAUCAGCCAAUAGUGGAAGAGCUUAUUAAGACGCACCAAUCGCGUGGCAGCUGGCCUGCGCCCGCGCAGCAUGGCGUGAGACGCGAGCCGCGAGCUGCACCCUCUGACAACGCAAUAUGAUACAGCGCCCUCCAAUGCCGGCCCGGUGAUGGCGGAUGGCGAGCCCGGCGCGGGCGAAGGCGAGCAGCGCGGGGCGGCGCUCGAGCGCGUCUACGACGAGCAGGGCGAGGGCGAACAGGCAGCGCGGGGGGCGGCCUUGGAGCGCGCCUACGUACACGAUGUGUAUGAACAGGCGGGCGAAGAGGAGCCCCCGCGGCCGGCGCCGGGCGUGCAGGCGUUCCUGGGCCAGCUGGACCCCGGCGCGCUCGUUUGUGAUGUCGGUUGCGGCAACGGCAAGUACCUGAACGUGAACCCGUCGGUGUUCACGGUGGGCGGCGACCGCUGCUGCCGGCUGGCGGGGCAGGCGCGCCACCAUGACAGCAAUGAGGUGGUGGUCUGCGACAACCUGUGCCUCCCGUUCCGGGACGAGUCCUUCGACGCAGUGCUCUCCAUAGCCGUAGUCCACCACUUCGCGACGGUGGAGCGGCGAGCGCGGGCGCUGCGGGAGCUCGCGCGAGUCACGAGGAUCGGGGGCCGGCUGCUGCUGACCGUCUGGGCCAUGGAGCACGAGGGACGGAACUUCCAUUCACAGGACGUGCUGAUACCAUGGCACCGGCCGGCCACGCUGGUCCCGCCCACGCCGCCUCCGAGACGAUUUCUAUCCGUCGACUACGACCACAACCUCGAGCCGUGGAAGAGCCGCGAAGCGUCGCCAGGGUCCUCGUCUCUGUCGUCGCCCAACGAGACGUGCUACUCGUUCGUGCGGCGCGCGCUGCAGCGGCUGGCGGGCCGGCGCUCCUUCCUGCCGUCCUGGAACCUCGCCACCCGCCCCCCGCCCCGCGCCUGCCUCCGCCCCGAGCCCCCCGCCGCCGACCUGCCCAUCGAGCUACGCAGACUCGACGAGCCUCUCCCGCCGCGGCUACUCACGGCCCAAAACUCAGAGUCCUCCGCUACCAAGUCGCGAAGUCUGACGGAUAUAGUUGAUGUAGAAAGACAUCCUCUCAUCAGAUCUCGCUCCAGUCUCCCGAGCCUCGGAGGAGAUGAGGCCGAGCCUGCCCCGGAGCCGCCGCCGCCUGAGGCCGCACAACCGCGGAAGAAACCACGACUCGUCAAACAAAAGAAGUCUAUCAAUGAAGAUGACGCCGAAGAGGAUCUAGACAAGCCGACUGAUAUGAAGAGUCUCGUAGAAGAAAUGCCUAAUUUUAAAGUACACACUCCUAGAUUAUCAUCGAAGAAACCUGGCGUGUUUAAGCAAACGUCGCUCAACGAAGAGCUGAUGUCAGCUGAACGAUUAAGGGAGAAGGAAAGGCUGAGGAAAAAUAUUCAAAAGCAAGCGUCACUGAAUGAGGAAUACUUGUACCACCGCCCCGGCGCGCUGGACUCCAUACGGGAUUCCAUAUUCUCAACGUCAGCAACUACUGCUAAGAAGUUUCAAUCGCUGAAAAACGGCCUCACUAGUAAGUUUAAGACGUCGACAACGAAUAUAGAUAAAGUGACGGUGUUCGUGAGGAUGCUGCAAGGGUGGAAGAGUCACGGUCCGACCCCUGAGGUUCCCACGUCUAGCGACAAUAACUCCGGAUCCGACAAAAACUUUCCUGAACGAAGACAUUCAAAAGAAGAUGGCUCGGACUCUUCAAAAGACAGCAGUCUUCAAAGCGAUACGAGCGUUGAUUCGGAGGAUAGCUUUGCGUCUGUCAUAUAUGUUCCAAAAGCAGAUGGCUCUGGAGGGGAUCCUCUGUCGCCUACACCGCUAUCACCCGGACCAACUUCACCACGGCUCAAAGUGUCCUCAGUACCCACUUCGCCAAGAAUGAAAAACUCUCCUGGUCUACCAUCACCGAGACUAAAGCAAGCCUUCCCACUGAUCAGGCCUCCUGCAUCACCAAGCGCAGUUACAGCGCCAGUCCCCGUCAAUAAAAUCCUAGUAGCCCAAUACAGUUUAAAGAAUUACACGACAACGACUAGUGUUUGCACAGCGACAGUAAAACCUCAAUCCAAAAGCCAACCUAACUCACCACCUAAAUCAGAAUCAGAUGACACAUUAGUACCAGAACUACAACCAAUAGUAGUCAGAAAUAAAAUUCCAGUUGAAAUAUAUGAAGAAAUAGAUCCCAUUCCGCCUAUACUAGAAGAGAAAGAAGAUGAAACGCCAACUGAAUCGACAAUUGACCUAAUAGCAGAAAUUAACAGAGACAUCGAAGAGCUGCAUAAAAUGACGAAUCAAACCGAUCUAUGUCAGCUGAAGCCACGAGUGGUAUUACAAGACGUGAAACCUUACCCCAAGAUUACUCUGCAAACAGUGGCUGAACUCCCAGAGAUACCACAGUUCAAAUGCAAUGAACCGAAUCGUUCGCCCACUGACACCUUAGAUUCACGGUCGGCUGAGCGAAAACGAAAAGAGAGGAUAAGACAAAUCAGGGAUAUGCUCAAUAAAGGUAUACCUUCUGCAAAUUCUAGUAGAAGAUCGGCGUUCCCAAUAGUACGGACAAACAGCAAAGCUGAGCCGGCUAAGAGCCAUCCAAAACUGGUAUCCUUGGAAUUGUUCAACCCUGCAACUGACGAUAUGGAUAGUGACUCAAGUGGAGUUUCUUCACCAGAUUCUGUAGACAGCGUGAUUAGCGUUGUCACUGAAGAGUUGCGGAAAACUGCUUUAGAAAAAGAUGCAUGGACUUUCAGCGUGCAGCAUCAAACAUCUUUGGAUGUUAAAAAGCCAGAGGAACCACCUCGUGAAAAGUCCCCAUCGGCACCUCCAAGUCUCAUAGAAGCGGUGGCAGAAGUAGCCCAUUCACUGGACGAAACUUGUGAAACUGUCAUACAAUCCAGCCCAAAGACUAAGAGGAAGCAUGUGGAUAAAAUUGAGAGUGCUGAAGCCAUGGCUAUUGUCCAAGGAACUUCAAGCAGUAGUAGUAGCAGUAACUGGAGUCUUAAUAAACUUUCACCUGGAGACUUGAGGAUAUUAGAAGACAGGUCUCGAUCUCAAUCACAUACUAGCUCAAGCGGAAGCAAUUCCAGUUUAGAACGCCUAUCACCAGGAAGGAGGUCGAAAGAACGGUCUCCAAGACAAGGAAGUACGAGCAAUUCAACUUGGAGUCUGAACAGACUGUCGCCAAACAGACCAGAAGGUCGGUCCAUGGAUGACAACUUGAGCAAGAGUCAUAGAAGUCCAACAAGGUAUCCGUAUGACUCUGUCUCAAUAUCAAGCACUGAUUCGGAGAAAUCGAUAUCGAAAUCUGAUAGCUUCAAUAGAAUACAAGCUAACGAACCAAUGGUCACGUGUAAAUCGGAUAUAGUUUGCAAAGAAGAAGAAAUCAAUGAAGAUCGCAGUCAACACUCUCUGUUUGCUGAAAAAUUAAGUGAGAAGUUGCUGCACGAAAUAGAUCAAUACUCUAAACGCAUCAACGACGACGACUUUGAUCUUCCAAGUAGUAGCAGCAGUGAAAAGAGCAUUUCACUCAGACUUAAAAGAGAAGAAGAAGACAGAAACACACAAAAGAUCCUCGACGAACUCUCGAAUAGUCUACAACAUUUAGACGAUCCAUACAGCAACAAAUUCCCUGCAGAGAUCCAAAACUUGCCCAAGAACAAUAAAACUGUUGCAAAUUCUACAGAAAUUCACGACACAGACAUAACUAAACUAUUCCCGAAGUGCGGUUCGAAGUUGAAAACGAAAAAGCGGUCGAAAGACGUAGAUCCGAUAAUCAACAAAUACCGUGAAUUAAAGAAGAGCUUGAAAGUAACGAGCGACGAAGACAUAUACCUCAACAACUGUGCCAACAUACAAUAUAAUGUGAUUAAACCCACAGAGGACGAGAAACCAACGGAUAUAGACACAAAGAACCCGGACGAUGACAGCGCGAUAUCUUCCACUAACGGAAACCCAGAGAUUACGAUAGACUCAGGCGCCUACGACACAAGCCAAUCCCUCGAAACGGGAUACUCUUUAGAGUCCGAAAUGAGCGUCGACUCAUUAUGCAUGAGUACUGACAAGCGAUCGUCGUUGAAAGUCGGUCAGUCGACAGAUUCUAGCGAGCUGGACAAGAUGGAGAUCAGCCCUGAAUCUGUGACGUCACGAUCGAGCGCCAGCACUGCGCCGCUAAAAUCAGGCUUCUCCAUAGAGUCUAGUGAUACUUCGGCUGGCAGCGACUGGAGUAGACGCGACAAGACUGGCAGCACGGCUUCUCUAGGCUGCGCGAGUCUCGCCUCCCUGCCUUCUUGUAGUGAAUGUUCUAAGGAACGGAAGCUUCUAGAGACGAGGUCUUCUUCCGAGGACACGGCCCCGGCGGCGGCCCGGGCGGUGCCGCACGCGCCGCUCCUCCCGUCGCUCAGCGAUGGUUCCGAUAGCCUCCCGUCAGAGGGCGGCGCGGUCACCUACCACAGAUAUUACCACGUGUUCAAGCGAGGCGAGCUCGAUCAACUCAUAGACAAGUAUGUGGAAAGCCUCCACGUGGUGUCCUCCUAUUAUGAUCAGGCCAGUUGGUGCGUUAUAGCGGAGAAAGUUCAAGUUUGGACCAUAUAGACCCAAGUCACCAGUUAAAGUUGUGGUGGGGUCGAAACGAUAGAUUUAUCUCGUAUAGAUGAUUAUGAAUGACAAAAAAUCUUAUGAUAAAUAUAUAUCUUUAUACUUAAUGAAACAUAUAUCUUUAGGAUUAUUAACUGAUCUAUCCAGUGCAGUGGCUACUAAGUGACCUUUGAACUCUUAUGUGCAUGUGUGGAGGAUGUCGGACGGUUCUAUUUUAUAAAUUUGCCAAAAGCGAAGCUUCGUUUGUUUAACAUAAUGUACUUAGUCAUUCUAUACUGGUUUUACAUAGUUGUAUCUUACUCUAUUGUACUUAUAUCUAAAUUUUAUUAAUUAUUCUUGUUGCAAAAUAUGUUCAUAUGAUUUAAUUAAUGAUUAUAUAGAUAAUGUUUUCAAUAAUUUUGUUUCAAAGAAAAUAAAUAAAAUGAAACAAUACUUAAAAUAAUUCAAAGAAAUCAUAAACUAACUUUUGCAACAUGAAAUUUAGUAAUUUAGCGAGACUAGGACUCGCUUGAAUGAAAACUAAGAGCUUUAAAUAGUGAAAAUAUAUAUAUACUUACUUAACAUUAUAUACUUAUACAGGAUGUUACAUGAAGGGUAUUGUUAUGAAAAAGGUGGUGAUCAUAAUUUCCUUGGCAAG